AUGUUUGCUCUGUCAUGCCAAGCCAAUGGUUUGGGUACGAUUAUUAUGGAAGGGUUUGAUGGCCGACGUGUCCGCGAUAUUAUCAAUUGUCCAAAGCGUUAUUUCGUUGCUGGACUUGUUCCCUUCGGAUAUGCUGACGAGGAGAAUGUGAAGCCCACACAGCGCUAUGAUCCCGAAACGAUGGUGUUCUCUGAAACCUUUGGACAGAAGCGUGAAGGAAUUCCUGUGUUUGCUAGAAAAUGGCGUGUUUGUUGA